GUAGAAUUUGCCUAUAUAAAGUCGCUGACACCCCGAAAUUGAUUCUCCCCGCCCAUCUAGCCUCGUGUCGCUCGGUUGCGGAGGAAGAAGAAAGUGGGCAAAAAAAUGGGAGAUGAAGGCUCCAAACCGUUGCUGAGAGAUCGCAACAAGACGUUCGGGCGACUAAAAUCGCACGCAUUCGACGAGCUGCAGAGCUUCAGGUCCUGGCUGAAAUGGAUGUGCGUUGAUCAAUCCGACCCCUGGUCCACCGCCCUCUCCUGGACCGUCUUCCUCCUCAUGACCGUCGUCGUCCCUUGUUUCUCCCAUUUCUUCCUCGCCUGCGCCGACUGCGACGCCCGCCACAGCCGGCCUUACGACACCGUCGUUCAGCUCUCCCUAAGCAGCGUCGCCGCCCUCUCCUUCGUCUCCCUCUCCACCUUCGUGCGCAAAUACGGCCUCCGCAGGUUCCUGUUCUUCGACAAGCUGUGCGACGAGAGCGAGGCUGUGAGGCAGUGGUACACUGGACAGCUCGAUAGAUCACUUUAUGUCCUUCUGAUAUUCGUGAUGCCAUGUCUUGGUGCUGAAGGGGCAUACAAGAUAUGGUGGUACAGCUCAGGUGGGACCCAAAUCCCAUUCCUAGGGAAUGCUGUGGUGAGUGAUGCGGUUGCCUGCACCCUGGAGUUGUGCUCAUGGCUUUACAGGACAGCAGUUUUCUUCCUGGUCUGUGUUCUGUUUCGUCUUAUCUGCUACCUCCAAAUUCUGAGGCUACAAGAUUUUGCUAAGGUGUUCCAUCAGGACUCCAAUGUAGAGUGUGUGCUGAGGGAGCACCUGAGGAUCAGGCGCUACUUGCGGAUUAUAAGUCACAGAUACCGCGCUUUCAUCUUAUGGGCAUUGAUAUUCAUUACAGCUAGUCAAUUUGCAUCUCUUCUCGUCACUACACGUGCCGUUGCAGAUCUCCAUAUCUAUAAGAGCGGUGAACUUGCGCUCUGCUCACUCAGCCUUCUUGCAGGCCUCAUGAUACUACUGAGAAGUGCAACGAGGAUUACGCACAAGGCACAGGGUGUGACAUGCCUUGCAGCUAAGUGGCAUGUUUGUGCCACAAUGGACUCAUUCGAUUCGGUUGAUGGUGAGACUCCUCGGGUCAGUGUUGCAGCUGCUCCAGCCAUCAACUCUUUUGCCCCCCCUGCAUGUAGUGAUAGUGGUGUUGAUGGAUCUUCUGAUACCGAUGAUGUUGGUGAUGAAGAAGAUGAGCUGGACAAUACCAACUUUCUUCACUCAUACGCCUACAGUACAAUUUCAUUCCAAAAAAGACAAGCAUUGGGUAAGCCCAUGUUUUUCCGGCCUCAUUUGCUUUCUUCUAACAUUCAUAUUUAGCCUCCAACAGUAGUUGAGUAUUUUUUUAUAAAACAUUCCAUGUUAUCGUUUCUGUUGGUGUACUGCAGUUACCUACUUUGAGAACAAUAGAGCAGGCAUAACUAUUUAUGGGUUCAUGUUAGACCGGACAUCGCUUCACACAAUAUUUGGUAUAGAAAUGUCACUGGUGCUCUGGUUGCUAGGAAAAACAGUUGGCAUUUCUUGAGUUCCUGAUGGUUUGUCGCUUCAGCACUGACAAAUGUGAAGAAGCUAGCAAUGUGACUUCUUCUGCAAAUACAUAAUCUAUCAAUGGUGAAAGAGGAGGUGCCCAUUUGGUUUCAUCUAUGAUUAAUUGGAGGUGGAGAGCUUGGCAAUGUAAAAAGGAUAUUCUAUAAUAUAUAUUCACCAACUGGUUGAUUCUUUCACUUGACUGUAGCUCUGUAAACAUAUUACAUAUUGGCAGCCCUUGUACACGUAAUAUUAUUAUUAUUCAUUGAUUAAUUUAUGAAGCAACCGUCAGUGCAU